AUGAUAUAGUGGUUCAACAAGCUUCACAAACAUUUUUUUUAACCUCUCAAGAGUGAGUCAUCCUCCUGACGCACAAUCUUUGCUCUCAAUUGUCCCACUGGGAUGGGACAACACACGCUCACACACGCUCACAACUACACACGCUCACAGCACUUAUUCUGUCAUGGGAGCAGCUACAAAGUUGACAUCAGAGAGCUAAACAAUGGACCAUCAACAUCCCAAACUACUGUCCUCACAGCUUUUCCACAACCACAGACAAGUAGACGUGACCCUUUUUUGUGACUUUCUGAAAUGGAAGGACAUUGGGAGCAACAGAAGUAAUAGAGGUUCUGGCAUCAGCAGCAUAUCCCAAACAGCUCGAGGCCACGCUGUUCAGGUGUGUGAGAUCGUGGCCGUGCACAGGACACACGUCAGCGACCAGACCAAGGCCACAAAGCACCUCCAGCAGAAUCCAUACGCAUUCACAGUCUUCUACGUGAGGAGGAUGACACAGCAUCAGUGGCGAUGCAGCGAUAUCACCUUCCACUGUGCUCAUCAGGAACUUUGCGAGCGAUGGAUCCAAGCCAUCAAUGAUCAGCUGUCACUGCAAACCAACCGGCCCAAGAGCCUGCUGGUGUACAUCAAUCCCUACGGGGGGAAGAAGCAGGGCAUGCAACUUUACGAUCAGAAGGUGGCGCCGCUGUUUUCCCGAGCUUGCAUCUCCACGGAUGUGAUUGUUACGGAACGGGCCAAUCAUGCCAGAGACCACUUGAAAUCAGAAGCAAACCUAGAUAAAUAUGAUGGAGUGGUAUGCGUGGGUGGAGAUGGAAUGUUCAGCGAGAUCCUGCACGGGCUGGUCUCCAAGACCCAAACGGACCAUGGUGUAGACCCAAACCAGCCUAACGCCAAUUUGGUGCCAUGUUCCCUCCGAAUUGGGAUCAUCCCUGCAGGAUCCACUGACUGCAUCUGCUUUGCCACCGUGGGAACCAACGAUCCAGUUACAUCGGCCUUGCACAUCAUUAUAGGGGACUGCCAACCCAUGGACGUGUGUUCCGUGCACCACAACAAUACAUUUCUCAGAUACUCGGUGUCGUUGCUUGGCUAUGGUUUCUAUGGCGAUGUUCUGAACGACAGCGAGACGAAACGAUGGCUGGGUCCUGCCAGAUAUGACCUAUCAGGAGUAAAGACCUUUCUGACUCACAACUAUUAUGAAGGCACCGUCUCGUUCGUCCCGGCUGAGGAUGAUGGGGGGAACCCCAGGGACAAAGAACAGUGUCGGGCCGGGUGUCGCGUCUGCCAGCGCAAGACCUCAUUAAAGGCGCCGCGGAGUGACGUGCCAGGCGAGAAGGAAACGUGUGACACAGGAAGUGAGACUUGGACUGAAAUACGUGGAAAGUUCAUCGCCAUCAACGCCGCCACCAUGAGCUGCGCGUCCCCCCGCAGUCCAAAGGGCCUGUCGCCCUCCGCCCACCUGGCUGACGGCACCGCUGACCUCAUCCUGGUACGGAAGUGCUCCCGUCUGGACUUUUUCAAGCACCUCCUCCGACACACCAACAAGGAUGACCAGUUUGACCACUCAUUCGUGGAGGUCCACCGUGUGCGCAAGUUCCGCUUCCAGCCACGCUACCAGGAGACGAUGUCGCUGGAAGACCUGAAGAAACUGGGCUUGAGUCCCGUUGGCUCCAGGACCAGCACGUACCAAUAUGACAGCUACGCCUGCAGCCACUGGACCUGUGACGGCGAGAUCCUGCCGCACGCCGCCAUACAAGUCAGUGUCCAGUGCCAGCUGAUCACACUGUUUGCCCGCGGCAUCGAGGAGGAGCAGCAGUGUGCGCCGUUUCAAGACCAGACACUGCUUCUGGAAGCAGGACCGCAUCAGUCUGUGGACUGAAAGCUGCGCAGGAGUUGUGCGUCUUUUGAAGUCCACUUAUCAGAUAGGAAUGCGGGCUACAGACAAGUAGAUGCACUCCUGAUUCCCUGCUGUUGACAGGGGGGAAAAAAAAAAAAGGAAAUGGUUCAUCGGCGACCCAGCAGUCAGGGGAGCUCACAAAACAAGGCCAAUGGGCGGCUAAUACACUAACAGGACCCUGAUGUAUCGUGGGUAAUAAGGCAAAGUAGUUGCAAAGUGCUUUGCUGUGUCUCAGAGCCGCUGCGACGCACCUGUGGCUCCAUGCUGGCUCAGUCGGCCGACAUUAGCCUGAAUGAGGCAUUUUUAACGUCAUUAGAGACGGAGGUCAAGCCGCUCUUGACUCGGGGGCUAUUUUGAAGGACAAUAUUAUUGAUGCUAUUUCUGCUUAUUUCAAAUAAUGUAGCUCACUGCAAUCAAUGGCAACUAAGCAACAGGGAAUUGUGUGUCCAGCGAGGGCUGCAUACAGACAAAUUACAAAUACAUUUUUGUACAUUAAAGACGCUCAAACCCAUAUCAACCCAAUAUUUGCUAAACCAGUGAUCUUCAGCUAGCUUUAACAAGCACUGUUUGCCAACAGCACUCUCCGGUAGCAUAGCACAAUCAGACUGAUGGUCAUCAACGCAAAGUCAACACAAGACUAGGCGGGUAUCAAAAUAAAGCUUACACGCUAAUAUACAUGCAAAACCCUAAAAACUACAACCCGCAAGGCAUGCUGGGUAACCCAGCAACCGUCAGUAAUGACAUACAUUACAUUAAUACAGUAUGAAGUCGGCCAUAGUAUAUAAAAAAAAAAACAUUCUCUCAUUCCCUGUGGAAGUGGUAAGUUCUUGGCUGCUUAUGUGUUUAGAAGAAAUAAAAGCGAGGUGUCUGUAACCGUGUUAUUUCUUGUCUACAGGGCUCUAGUCAUGUUAAAAACCAUAUUCAACUUUUAUUCAAACCACCCACAAAUCCAAUGAAAGCGCAUGACAGCAGUUGCAUCACAUCACAAUGAACCAUCUUCUGUCAACUCACAUCCUUUCAAAAGUCAAAAGCUUGCACCCAUAAAUAGAAACGCAGGCGCUGAACUCAAAAAGUGAAAACCAAGCAGAUUUUUGUUUGCAAUUCGGUUAGGAGUUUUUUUCCCCCCCAAUUUCAAUUUCACUUGUAGUCUUUUUGCUUGAUUCUCUACCAGGCAACAAUGUGUGACAUGAAAGCACAUCAAAAAUGUCAAAGCAAGAGCUUGUGUGAUUUCUAAUGAUACAAAGACAGGUAGAGUAUGGCAAACAAAAAAUAUAUAAUCAUAAUAAUGAAACCGUUAACAUGAGCAAUAGUGCGUCUUGCCGGCAUUCAAACAUGGUGGUGGUAGCAUCAUGCUCGAGGGCUGCACGAGUGCUGCCUACACUGGGGAGCCACGGCUCAUCGAGGGAAAGCAAGAAUUCCAACAAGUACUGUGAUAUUCUGAAGCACAGCAUUAGAGCGUUAGACCCCCUCCCUCGGGAAAACAACAAAACAAAUGUGUGUCCCUUUAUAUCUAGAGAAGAACAUCCUUACCCAGGGGACUUGGGAGCUUUAUGAGGUGUUAUAUGGACACUUUGGGACUAUAUUACCUUUGUUAUUACUUCUUUGGACUUUUCAACCCGUUUCUCUGAUUGGGUACAACAAGAAAGACAACAAAAUGCCACGUUUUGCAGAAAAGACGCCCAAAGUACAGGAACCUAGUAGAUGAAAGUGUACAUACGUGACCGACAAACAAAGCACACCGUUGCAGGGGGAAGGAAGCGGUCCAAACAGGAGCGGCGCUGUAUUGAUUGGAAUGGGCUCCACAUGUAAGGGAUUUCGAUCAAUGAUGCUAUAGGAGUCUAUCUUCUCAGUGAGGGACCACUGGCUCUAUAAUGUACUUGCUGAAGGUCGUCGAACUGUACAGUCAUGUAUUACAACAGCUUCCAUUUUGGCUGGUAGAUCUGAUUGGAAUCUCAUUGGGGUCCUCACUGCUAAAUCGGAACGCCCUGAGAAUGAGACGUUGCAUAGUGAGAUGCUGGUGUGUACUUGGUAAACACGGAGAGUCCAUUCAUGACUUGUUCAUCACAAAACAUAAACAGUUGCGGUGAGCCUCUGCAUGCAGGACGCUGUUUUGCUGCCUGGCGCCGACAUUAUUGCGCUGCUAAUGGUGCUUGAAGUAAUUACACCCUCGAUUGUUGCUCGACCUGGAGUGGCACACAUUCGCAUCUUUGAGUUAUUAUGCUAAGCUAAACCAUCCCGCUUUGGAUAGAUGGAUGGAUGCCUGAUAUAAGUGCCCUUAGUCUGGAAUUAAUGGUAAUAUUAUUAAAGUAAAAUGAAAUAAUGGACACAAAAGGUUUGAAAAGUGCACUAACAUCUCAUAUUUGGGUUAUUAACUGACAUGGGAGUCUCAUCAUGUGACUCAUCAAGAAGUGUUGUAAAGUCUUCUACUUGACCUUCAACAUGCGGCGUGAUUUAUUUAUUUAUCCGUUUUGCCAAGCAGGGCAGACAUGAUUCCUCGCUGCCUGUUGGACUGUGUCGAGGCAAGAUGCGCCACAAUCCAAUAUUAAUGCACCUCCGCCGCUGUGACUGAAAUGUUUCUUGGCGGGGGGCGGUUUGUCCUCCAGAAAAAAUCCUCAACUGAUACCUCUCCAAUCACCCUCGUGCACCAAGGGCUACCAAGCCACCACCACCCCCCGCCCCUUUCCUCAUCUGCUGCUUCACCUCUUUUUCCAUCUCCGACAUCCUUUUGUCUUCUGUGGCGGGCGGCGGAUGAUUGAGGAGUUGUGCCGCGUUGAGCCCCGGGUCGAGCUCGCAGCUGGAUGUGGACAAACAAAAGCGGUCACAGUCGAAAGCUGACAUGGUGGGAAUGAGUGUGAAAUGACUGACGACCACGCCUCCCCGGGGGUUGACAUCUUAUCCCUGCGAGAUGGUCACAAAACAUGCUAACACGGGCUAAGUGCUAAGAUGAAACAAUGAGCCUGAUUUACCUGCUACCAUCAGACCAGAAGGUAACUUUCUUGAUGGUGUACUUGUGUGAAAUAAAACCACAUCCAUCUAUUGAGCUAGCUGUCUAUCAACCACAAAUGCGCCAAUUAAAGCCCCUACUCAAAGUCUCCUAUAGUUGCCAGGUGUACAAAAGUCUGAAAACAUUUUUGGCUACAACGUCAGACUCUAAGCAGGUAGUUUUCCCCAUAAGAUAUAUUUUUUUACAUGCAUAAAUCACCUCACAUAGAAAAAAGGACUCAAAAGGGAUAAAUGUCGUAUUAUUUACCUUGAAUGAAUAUGCGAUUGUUAACAAAGACGGAAUAUGGCAGCGAGAUCCACCACCUGGUGUUUUGCUAUGAGUUAUGAACUCAAUUUUCGUGUUUCUCACUUUCUUGAGCAGAAUGUUGUCACUUCCUGUUUCCAUGUAUUAGCAAGCUAAUAGGCAGCUAACAAGGACGUUUUGUAUAAUAGUAUUGAAAAUACAUUAAACACACAAAUCAAACUAAUGCAGUGUAUUCAUUUUAUGACAAGACACGUACUAUAUUGUAGGCAAACCGUGGAACAACUUUUACGACCUUGUAGCUGGCGUGUAUGCUAACCAAGGUUCCACUGUACAGUAAUUCCUUGUUCAUCACAGUUAAUUGAUUCCAGACCCAGCUGUGAUGAGCUAAUUUCCAAUGUGGGAUUGUUUAUUUAUAAAUAGAAUAUUUUUGUAGCGACAGGAUACAAAAACCUAAAUUCCGUUUUUAAACAUGAUUUGAGCCCUCUACCUAUGAAAUAACACCCCUAUAGUUGCUUUUACACAAGAAAUAAGAGUCAAUAAGCCAUUUAAUACUCAGGUUUAUAGAAGUGAUGUUGGGCGUUCG